AUGGUUCGGGCUGCUAGUGCGAAGUUGUGGUGGAACUUUCGCACCGAGUACACUCUGUGGUCAGACUUUAUGCGAGCGAAGUACUGCAGUCGGGUUCAUCCAGUUGCUAAGAUGGUUCAGAACACUGACUCACACACUUGGAAGCGAAUGUUGAGCGUGCGGGACGAGGUUGAGCGGGUUCUGACCUGGCGGUUGUUCCAAGGCCGGGUUAAUUUCUGGUGGGACAAUUGGUCGGGUUUGGGCCCUCUCGGCAGACUCUAUCCGUUCCGGGGGGUUUCUUACUCCCGAGACUUGCUCCUGGCCUAUAUACACGAUGGUGCUCUCGACCUGGCAGAGCACGUGGACUUAAUAGCUGACGGGGUCACUACGGACCUGUCCCGUUUAGGACAGGGGCCGCGGGAUAUCCCGGUUUGGACGCCUGCUUCUGACGGUAUGUUUUCAUUUUCCUCUGCAAAAUCUUUGCUUAAGCCUGCUUUGACGGCUGCCCCGGACCCCCUACUUGCUAAGUGCUGGCAUAAACACCUGUCGUUUAAGGUGUCCUUUCUAGCUUGGAGGGUGUUCCGGGGUCGGCUGCCCACGGACGAUGUCCUGUCUCGCUUCGGCCAUGUGGUUGUUUCGAGAUGUUGGUGUUGUCCGACUCCUACUUCUGAUUCCAUUUUGCAUAUUUUUUAUUCUGGGAAUACGGCGAAAGCUGUUUGGAGUUAUGUGUUAGCGUCCCUUGGCCUGCAGUCCCGUCACCGGUGUUUAAGGACUUUGGUGGGCGGCUGGGGGCGAGGUGGGGCGCGUAAUCCUUUAUUUUCCUUUGUUAUAAGCAGGUUGUCAUACUUGGUUUUGUGGGAGUUGUGGAAACACCGUAAUGGGUGUAUGCAUGGGCGUGAUUCCCCGAGCGUUGCUCACGUGAUGUUCGGGGUAGCCAGAGGCGUUGCAGAGUGCUUAUUCAGAAAGUGGCCCACGGCGCAUAUUCUGCCUCCUAAUUGGAGGACCAUUGUUGCAUACUUGGAGGCGCAUGUGCCUCGGCGGGUGGUUAGGGCUAUCAGGUGGGCCCCUCCAGCUGCGGGGACUCUAAAGAUUAACCUUGCACUUUCUGCAGCUGUAGGGGGGCUGCUGCCUUGGUCCGUAAUCAGGGGGGCGGUCUUUGCUAUGGGGUGGCGUGGUCUGGGUCUGGGGAUGUAA